AACACGCGGGGUUUUCGGAUUCCAGACUCGUGGAGUGACUCGCCCGCCAACUCGUUUUCCUCAUUGAUUUUUCUUCGAUUCCCCCAAAUUUCUUAAAUCCCUAGUUCUCUCCUACUACGAAAUCCCAAUUCCAAAUCCUUCCAUUCCAAUGGAUUCCUCUCUGGUUGCCGGAACCCUUUCAAUGGUUGCCAACAAUAGCAUCGGCUUCGCAAAACUCCUCAAUCGCCUUGAUUUCGUCUCCAAUUACUGUAUCUCCGUCACCGAUUCAAUCACUGACCAGAUCCCACCGUCUUCCACCGCCGCAGCUCUUCGAUUAUCUGCCGCACUUUUCCCCGUCGCAACCAUUGCUCCGCCCCCUGUUAAAUCGGUUUCCUACCGAUCGGCAUCUCGGACAUUUCUCCGUAGAAAGCGUCGAACGAAACGUAGAUUGUAUAGCGAUGAUUCAGAGGGACGCGAGGACGAUGGAUUUGGUGGCGGCGAUUUUGAUGGACCGAUUGGUGGAGAUGGCGGCGGCAGCGGCGGUGGUAGAGGUUGGAAUUUCGAUAGAUUUGGAGGAAAUGAUUGGGAUGAAUCAUCGUCUUCUUCUUCCUCUUCAAAUCCAGCGUAUUAUUUCGUUUACGAGGUGGUUUGUUGGAUUGCGUUAUCAAAUUGUGUUCAUUUUGCGUUCAAGAAGGUUGUUAGAUUUGCAGCUGAAGCAAUUGGGAAUUCCGAAAGAGGGAAAUUGGCCAUGAGAUUGAUCUCCGUUUGUUGAUUAGUACAAAUUCUCUUUCUCAAUGAUCAUCUUUUAGAAUGGAAAUCUGGGUAUAAAUCUCUUGAAUUCAAUUUGAAAAUUGGUAUGUAUAUAUUUUGUAAAUAAUUAACAUUGUUUUAUAAAUUGGUUGGGAAUUACAUAUUGAAAUCUGUGCCUUAUCAAUCUGAUAAUAACAUUCCUUAGUAGUUAACUCUC